AUGGAGGACGGGCCCUCCUGGCAUGGGAAGUGGCACAGGAAACCGUGGAGUUUGGAAGGAGGGAGAAGAAACGACUUUAGGAAUUGUGUCAUAAACUUCUUAAUGACAUCCUUAGCAGGACCUAACAGAGCCUUCCAUAUGGUAGGGGCUCAGUAUGUAAGUCCUUUGUCCCCUCCUUGGUUCAGAGAUGGUGGAACCUUCAGGACCAGCGCUCAGGGACGUCUUUCUGCAGAAGGAUGGACUCCGGGACUGAGCGCUGGUGGGGCUUGGGCGGCAGCCUGGGCGGCUCCUUCUCUUGCGUGGAGCUACCAACCAACACCUGCCCCCACCCCUUCCCGAUUGUGCUGCCCCGGGCCCCCCACACGCCUGCGGAAUCCAAGUCAGGGCUCAGCCUGCGGUCAGCGACGACCCGACUCUCGGAGGCUCCCUGGAGCGGGAGGGGCGAGCGCACCGCCCGCUUCCCGGCUCCCGCCCUGCCUGUCGCUCGGGACCUCCACGUGGCCGGUUUGCGCCUCCCUCUGCCUUCUCGCCCCUCCAUUACAGCGUUUCGCAGCCCCCAGCCCGAGCAGAGCAGGCUCUGCCCACUUGGGAGGGGCACUCUCCUCACCCCACCCGGCAGGUGUGGCCCACCAGACAGCUGCUGGGCCCCUGAAGAUUUUCUCAGAGGGAAGGAGAAGCAGGUGGGGAGGUGCUUUGAAGCCUGAGACCCUGCUUUUCUGCCUUACCCACCCUCCCACCCAAAGCCACAACAAAGACCCACGAAGCCUGCCACCCGGCCACAAAACUUCUCCUUCCUCCUCUGGCCUGCUGUCUUCUGCCGUCUGGUGGGGCCAUUGUGAGGAUGACAGCCCCAGGGCCGGGAGCUCAGAUGUCAGCCCAGAGCAGGACUCUUCCUGCGAGGGUGGGGACCUGUCCCAUGCCCCAGUCUCCUGGGGUGUCUGCAAGGUGCCCCUGGGGACACCGUGUGCCUGGAGUGUGCCAGGGCAGGCAGGGAGGGGCUCCCUCCUCUGCCAAGUUCCAGGAAAGGCCUGGCAGGCAGCACAGUCCUGGGCUCCAGGGCCUUCCAAGGUGGAGCUGGGGGAGGGAUCCCAGGCUGCUGAAGUGCCUCACCUGGGCCUCAACCCCUGCUUCCCAGGCAUCACUGGCACCUUCUUUAGCCAAAAUUGAGGAGACGGUUGCCAACCAUCUUCCCACACAUACAGGCAUACUUCCCACACAUGUGCUCACCCAGCCAACGCUCACCAAAUCCCUCAGGCAGGAGGCACUUUCACUGUUGUCGACUCCAACCUUCUACCUGAUGUAUGAAAUCUGUCCACAAUAUCCCAGGCCAGUGUUCUGAAGCUGUUUGCAUACCCAUAGUGACGGGGACACUCUUUUACAAGGCGGCCACUACCCUUCAGGUCCUCCCUAUCUCCAAGUCCAGUCACCUACAGGACACCUGCCCUCACAUGGCCUAGGAGUAACUGAUCUCACCCUCAGGUCCCUCACACCAGCUCCACCCCCUUUCCCACGGUGACCCUUCCACCCCCCCCAAACUCACCAUGAAGUAGGAUUAAUUCUUAACUAUUUUCCCUCCUUCACCAUCCUAUAUCUGAUCUAUUACCAAAUUCUUCCCUUUCUUCCUUUUAUUACAACAUGUAUUAUUUGUUACUUUCUUCAUUUACCCUUCCUUUCCAACCCCGUAGAUUCCACCUUUGGCCCAAAUUCCCACAGUCACUGCCACACUGUCCUUUCUGACCCAGGUUUUUCCUUCCUCCUACACACCCUGCUGGAAUUAUCUUCCUCAAACACUGUUUAUUGUGUGUUAUCAACUUCAGACUCCUCAACCAAGCACACUGGGUACAACAGCUGCUAACCUGUGUGUUCCAUAUGAAGGGGCCCACACUCAUUCAUGGUGUACCCAGACCCCAGAGUCCAGCACAAGGCCUGAUGCAUAGCAGGAGGGGAGCCAAUGUUCCUCAAGUGUCCAAUCCAUUUGGUUGUGCUCCUUGCUCUCCGCCCAGUUCUCUUUCCUGGCUUGGUGUCCCCAUUCUCAUGAAGCCUAUUGGCUUCCUGAUGCUCACGCAGGCCCUUUUGUUUAGAACAGCCCCAGUUUUUGUUUUUGGCCACACUGCGCAGCAUGCGGGAUCUUAGUUCCCCCACAGGGAUCGGACUGAACUCGCGCCCCCUGCAGUGGAAGCACCGAGUCUUAACCACUGGACCGCCAGGGAAGUCCCAGCCCUGGUUUUUAAAUUUCCCAUAAUCUUCAGAGAGCGGUGGGGAAGAGAGAAGCUGACGUCCAAAUUAACAUUGGGGUUUGUGCCAAAUACUAACUGCAAAGACCCUGAGUGUCAAGUGGAAUGAGGGUAGCUGCCUGCUGGGAGCCAGCAAGAAACAGAACACCACGGAGGAGGGUGGAGGGCAGAGAAGAGUGGGUGCAACCAGUGGUUUGGGGUUUACAGAGGGAUCUUGUCACUGGAGAUUCCAGCCUGCCUAGCUCUGGGUCGCUAUUCUGAUGCCCUUAGGUUGUUCUUUUUUGGCACCACAUCUCUCUCUCUCACACACACACCCACACCCAGUGAUCCUGGCCCCAUCACACCUCAUAACCCAGCUCAAAGUCUCUGAUAAUCUCCACCCCACUUGGAUCGUGUUGGCAUCAACUUCCCUCUGAGCCUCAUGAGCUGCCUUCAUUCUUUCCUAUAUUUUAUUGCUUCAUUAUGUCCUGUAGUAUUUUCUACCCCAAAGAUUAUAAGCUCCUUCAUGGCAGGGACAGUGUUACUUAU